GAGGCGGGGUAAACGGCUGUGAUGCCCGCUGAACACUGCCCCCCUCAACCUCCAGUCCGCUCGAGAUCCGACUUCCAGGGGAAACGGCUUUGUUGUGAACUGUAUCCAAAUUUUACGCGGGUUACCCAAGUCGCAUCCAUUUAGUAACGGUACCCGGGAAAGUAGGCUUAAUAAAAUGCGUGUACUGUCUCUUUAAGUUCGCUUGGUUGGUGUGCUUCGUAUUGAUCAAUCCACCAUUUUCCAACACACUCAACAGUGGUAGUUGUAACAGCGACGGCGGCGACAGAGAUACCCGUACCUGGAGACGCCAGGACCCGGGGCAGUCAUGGCAGCGAACAUGUACCGGGUCGGAGAUUACGUUUAUUUCGAGAAUUCGUCCAGUAACCCGCUGCUGAUCCGGAGGAUAGAGGAGCUGAAUAAGACAGCCAAUGGCAACGUGGAGGCGAAGGUGGUGUGCUUCUACAGGAGGCGGGACAUCUCCAGCACACUCAUCGCUUUGGCGGACAAGCACGCACGGGAGAUGGAGGAGGACAUGGAGAACCCCGAAAUCAUCGAUCUCCCCGAGAAACAGAAACACCAGCUCAGACACAGAGAGCUGUUCCUGUCCCGCCAGCUCGAGUCUUUACCUGCCACACACAUCAGGGGUAAGUGCUGUGUCACCCUGCUGAACGAAACGGAGGCUCUCAAGUCCUACCUGGACCGGGAGGACACAUUCUUCUACUCCCUGGUUUACGACCCCCAGCAGAAAACCCUCCUUGCAGACAAGGGAGAGAUCCGCGUCGGGAACAAGUACCAGGCGGACAUCAUGGACCUCUUGAAAGAGGGGGAGGAGGACGAGCGGGACCAGGCCAAGCUGGAGGAGAAGGUGUGGGACCCCAGCAGUCAGCUGACGGAGAAGCAGAUAGACCAGUUCCUGGUGGUGGCACGGUCGGUGGGGACGUUCGCCCGGGCGCUGGACUGCAGCAGCUCGGUCCGGCAGCCCAGUCUACACAUGAGCGCCGCCGCGGCCUCUCGUGACAUCACACUGUUCCACGCCAUGGACACGCUGCACCAGACGGGCUACGACAUGUCCCGGGCCAUCGCGGCGCUGGUGCCCCAGGGCGGGCCCGUCCUCUGCCGGGACGAGAUGGAGGAGUGGAGCGCCUCCGAGGCCAACCUGUUCGAGGAGGCGCUGGAGAAGUACGGCAAGGACUUCACCGACAUCCAGCAGGACUUUCUCCCGUGGAAGUCGCUCACCAGUAUUAUCGAGUACUACUACAUGUGGAAGACCACUGACAGAUAUGUACAGCAGAAACGGUUAAAAGCAGCUGAAGCUGAGAGCAAGCUGAAGCAGGUCUACAUCCCAAACUACAACAAGCCCAACCCAAACCAGCUGAACGUGAACAACGUGAAGCCCGGUUUGGUGAACGGCGCCGCCGCCGCGGCGGUACCGGUGCCCCCGGGUCAGACGGCCGGGCUGGGGAGAGCGUGCGAGAGCUGCUACACGACCAGCUCGUACCAGUGGUACUCCUGGGGCCCGCCCAACAUGCAGUGCCGCCUGUGCGCCUCCUGCUGGACCUACUGGAAGAAGUACGGCGGCCUGAAGAUGCCCACGAGACUGGACGGUGAGCGGCCCGGCCCAAACCGCAGCAGCAGCAGCCCCCAUGGCCUACCCCUCAGGCACAGCGGGAGCCCCAAGUUCGCGGUGAAGACCCGGCAGGCCUUCUACCUGCAGACGUCCCAGCUGACCCGCGCCGCCCGCCGGAUCUGCCAGGACCUGCUGCGGCCGCGGUACCUGGCCCGGCACCCCUACCUGCCCGUCAACACCGCCGCCAUCAAGGCCGAGUGUGAGCCGCGCGUCCAGCCCCCUCCCUAUGCCCUGCUCCCCUCCCUACGCCCCGCUCCCCUCCCUACGCCCCGCUCCCCUCCCUACGCCCCGCUCCCCUCCCUACGCCCUGCUCCCUACGCCCCGCUCCCCUCCCUACGCCCCGCUCCCCUCCCUACGCCCUGCUCCCCUCCCUACGCCCUGCUCCCUACGCCCUGCUCCCCUCCCUACCGCGUCGAAGGUCGCCCGGUUUCGGCCUCGGAAAAAGCGGUAGAACACCGGCUAACGGAGGAGCGCCAGCGCGGUCCUGAAGACCGAGCUCACCGCCCCCCCGCAGUGCCCAAACCCGAAUGGCUAGCUGUCCUGCGCCUGACCCUGCUGUGCGUAGCUGUAGGCGCGGGGUGCGGGCGUGAGUGUUACUUGAGCGUGGACAUUGUGACUAACGUCUCCUCUCCCCCGUCUCCCCCCGCUCUCUCAGGGACCAAGCCUAAAGCCCUCACCCCCCAGUGGGAGAUCGUGUCCAAACGGGCCACCAUGGCUCCGCAGGAGGAGGUGCACGAGCUGGACUGACCCCCGUGCGACCCCCCUUUCCCCCCGCCGUUUUGUGGACGAGGGAUACCUGAAGGUGUUUUACUGCGGUGCGGAUCUGGCGCGGAGGAGAUGGGCCCACCCAACGAUCUCCUCCCUGCCCCCCCCGUCGUCCUGGCAACAUUGACUCCACCUAUCAGCAUUGUCAUUGAGGACUGAACCCAGUUGUGGCCAAUCAGACGCCUGACUGCAGAGGACUGUGUUUAUUAACACCAUUAUUGUUAUUGUCAAUGUAAUUAUUAUUAUUAUUAUUCUUUUUUUUUUUCUUUUUUUUCUUUUUUUUACCAACUGUAACCCUUGCUGAUCAGUUAAUUGUGGAUCAACGAAGAAACUUUUUUUGAGUUUCAUGAAAUAAGUACUGCUUGUGAGCCCUACACGUAGGGUGGAAGGACUGUAAUAUAUAAGCCAAGUGCUUCUUUUAUAACGUCUAAAAGAGAGAGAGAGAGAGAGAGAGAAAAAAGAGAGAGAAGGUGAUGAAAGGAAAGGACCUUCGGACCUUUAGGUCAAUUACACGAGUAACUCCCCGCUUCUGUUCUGUACCUGUUUGACGGCUUCUCGUUCUCCUGCGUUUUUGUGAGCUGGCCUGAGAGCUAUAACUUAUUGAGAAAGAAUUCAGAAAUGUGCUUUUUUUCUACCUUUUUCACAACUGACGCCCCUGCGCUUCAAUGAUGUAAUUAAGAAAUAAAAUGAUUCUUUCUCUUUUGUGAA